AUGAAUCAGAUGCAGCAGGAUUUCAAUAUUGUUAAAACGGAACACGAAAACAGAAUUAAAGAGUUGGAACUGUCAAUACAGAAAGUGUUACGUAAUGCUAUUUCAACUAUCCCGGUCGAAUACGGCCCGAAACAUGCGGUUGCCUAUGAUACACUUCCGCUACAUGGUCCAGAAAACCGAGCGGAGUUCUCGGAACGGUCUCGUGCGGAGCACGACGUUUCCGGAAACAUGCUUCUCUUUCAACUGCAAAGCCAGUUCAACCGUAUGCGCACUUCCCUCAGUGAACGCACUGCUGACUUGCUCGAAGUGAAAAACAAGCUGAACGAAACCAAUGAUUUAUUGACAGCAGCACAGAAACAGGCUUGGGAUUCGUCAAGCAAACUGGUCCACCUCGAAACCCAUUCCUCUGUGUUGGAACGUGAGGCGAACAUUCUUAGAAACAAACUUAAAGAUAAAACGGAACGACUAGAUUAUGCGAACGAACGUCUCAAUAUAUCCGAAACAAAGCUUGUCAAAGUUGAGAAUCAACUAUAUGACGUUGUACGUUCCGAGGCAAUAGCGAAGGAGGAACUAGAGACGUUGAAACGUGUGCUGAAUAAAACGCAAACGGAGCUGGAGAAACUAAAAGUUCUACAUGCGGAUAUAAGCAGAAAGUACCAGAAAACGAGAAACACUCUGGAACGACGAGAGACAGAACUAAUGGAAUGUUACUCAGCUAAGACGCAGACGUUCUGUGGGUUUGAGGAUCCAGGCAUGUGCGGGUUCGAGCAGGACAACACCACGGACCAGUUUGACUGGACGCGCAUCCAGGGUCGCACUCCCUCAGCCAACACUGGACCGGAAGCGGACCACACGUGCGGCGAUAGUAACGGCUAUUUCAUGUACAUUGAGGCGAGUGGGCGCUCCAAGGGUCAUUCCGCCCGGAUGUGGUCUCCCCGGUACCGCGGCCUCCAACCCCAGUGUAUCGAGUUUUACUAUCACAUGUACGGGCGUCAGACCGGCACUCUCACUGUCUAUAGUAGGCUUUUGACCAGUGAAGAGAACGUGGCGUUAUGGCGCGUGUUUGGUAACCAAGGCAACCUUUGGAUCAAAGCAAGCGUCGCGAUGACGGAGGAGACGGCCCGCUCCGGCUACCAGUUGAUCUUCGAGGCUGUCACCGACCUCGGUUACGAGGGCGACAUUUCAAUCGACGACUUCAGCAUCCGGGACGGCGCGUGCGCAGUAGACGCGGCGUCCCUGGAGGCGACGCCAGCGCCGCUGACAGACGCCGGAAAGUCAAAACUACUUCAGGAUCAGGUUGAAAGAUAUCGAAAAAUAUUAAGGCGUCGGCAGAGGCUGCGGAACCGGUUGCAUGGAAAGACGUCUGACAACGACGAAGGGGACGAUGACGACGGGGCGCGUUGA